AUGAUCUUAUCAUAUUUGAAUCUAUUAUUUAUAAUUAACGACAUAUAUUUGAAUUUUAAUAUCAAUUAUUAGAUUAUUAAUAUUAAUUAAAUUUCAAAACACAGAAGAAUUAGCAAUGGUUUUAAAAUUAUAUAAGUCUUUAUUAGUCUAGAGGAGCACCAAAAAAUUAAGUAUUUUACGAUGGAGAUAAAAAAAACUCAAUAAGAACAUACAAUGGUAUUAUUUAUUAAUAUUGUUAGAUAACCCAAAUACCAGAUAAGGAUUCAAAAUAGGAUGGGAUAUAGAUUAAACCAGAAAGGGAGACUCCAAAAUUGCAGGAAAAGUCGGUCAAGAUCAAAGAAAUUCAUAUAUACCUUCAUAUCAAGCAUAAACAUAUGUACCAGUUGUCGAAGUAUUCUAUUACAUAAUUAGUAAAAUCAAGAAGAAGAAUAUAUGAAGUAGUUAUACAUUC